AUCGUCAUAGCUGAGAGCUUCAAUGACAAGUCGGCUAAUGCACUAAUGCUCGAGAUGAUCCAUUCCUCGUUACCAAAUGUUACCGUAACCAAUGUGCACCGAAGGUUUUUCAACCAGAUGCGUGGGGCUGAAUUGAUAUCUCAGCUUGCGAAUGCCGAGAUAUCAAAUUGUGAUAGUGUAGUUUUGCAGAAACAAUUCUGUACUCAAGCAGUUUGUGCUCUUGUCCGAUAUGUGGAACAUAUUCAGAAUGUUGUUUUUGCUGCGAACACGCUGCGUUUUGUAUAUCGGGACAUUGAAAAACUUUGCAUGUUAGAUGUGGGUUCCUGGCAGAAUCUUGAGAUUGUGAACUCUUUCCCAAGAAAGGAGCGUCGAUCACUGUUGGCAGUCAUUGACGAAACUCUAACUUCGGGUGGUGCACGAUUGCUUCGUUCCAACCUACUGCAACCAUCGGGAGAUCGAGAAAUUAUAGAUCGGCGGCUGGAUGCCGUAGAGGAAUUAUUGGAAAAUCCACACGUGAUCGAGAAACUGCGCCAAGUGCUCAGCUCAUCUUAUGAUCUUGACCAUGUUUUCGAUGUCUUCAUUGAGUCUCCGACGGAAACUACCGUUCAAACCGCCAAUUUCAAUCUAACGCAGCUUUUGCGUUUGAAAAACGUCUUAAAUGUUGUUGAUCCAUUGCGGCAAAUUGUUAAAAAUUUCAAAUGUGAACUCUUGAGUAAAGGAAGUGAGCUGCUCAGCGAUAAACGAAUUGAUGUCGUCAGAAAACUGUUGGAUGACAGAUUCAGUUCCGAAAAUAUUGGAGGCACCAAAAAGAACUCACUGAUUCAGCAACAUAGGAAGUGCUACGCUAUAAAGGAAGGAGUGUCUGUCAAUCUAGAUGUCGCCAGAAGGGCCUAUGAAGAACUCGUCAGAGACGUCCAGAAACAAGAAAGUGAACUUUCCACACAUCUUCCCGGACAAGACACUCGGCUGGCUUUCUCAAAGGCACGCGGAUUUCAUUAUGUUUGGGUUUGCAGUGAUGCUGGUACAGUUGAAGUACCAUCGGUACGCGAUGGCUCUAAAAUUCAUCUAGGGUUUGUGAACUCUGGUUUCAGGUGUUCAUCAAUGUUAUGCGAAAUCGCUCUUCUGUAA